CACACUACAACAUGCAAUAUAGCAAUACACAGAACACGCCAAAACGACAACAUAAAUCAAUCCUCACGCAAUUCACGAAAAGCGAUGACCAGUAAUCAAAGAACGGAAAGUGAAGAUUCAGAAGAAGCGUAUAGGAUUUACCUAUUUUCCUCCGCGGCGAUAUCGAAAAAAUGGAUCUCGAACAAGCUGUCAAAGAUCUCCAGGCUCAGAAUGCCCAAAUCCAGGAGAUGAUCUUGAACUUAUCCAAGGGGCAAGAGGAACUUAAGGCUCUUUUGCUCGAGGAAAAGAAAGACAAGAAACCUGUGAGUUACAUUAACCCGGGAAGAAAGCUUAAGCGACAGGCCGCAAGAGUCGAGAUUAGAAUUCCGAAGGAUCAAGAAGAAGAAACAGAGACAGAUUCCGAAGAUGAGAAUGUUGAUCUUUUUAACCCUGAGGAUGAUGAUGAAGACUAUGAAAACGAACAGUACUCUCCAAGAGAUGAUAAGUACAAAUUGCUGGAAGAACGUAUGAUAGCUAUGGAGGGUCAGAAGGCGCUUGGUCUAGAUUUCGAGAGUUUGGGUCUGGUCUCCGAUGUGACCAUUCCCCGCAAAUUCAAAAUCCCCACUUUCACUAAGUACGAUGGUGCAUCCUGUCCUCAGAUGCAUUUAAGGGCUUAUGUGAGAAAGAUUCAGCCGCAUACCACUGACAGGAAGCUAUGGAUCCAUUUCUUCCAAGAGAGUCUGUCUGGCACACAGUUGGAAUGGUAUUAUCAGCUCGAGAGCUCUGACAUCCGCACCUGGACUGAUUUAGCGACAGCUUUCUACAAACACUACCAGUACAAUUCUGAAUUAGCGCCUACUCGGCUACAGUUGCAGAAUAUGACUAUGGGAUCUAAAGAAAGCUUUAAAGAAUAUGCUCAAAAAUGGAGAGAUUUGGCUGGCAGAGUCAAACCUCCUCUGACUGACAGAGAGUUAGUGGACAUGUUCAUGAGCACGCUGACUGGCCCAUUCUACAGCCAUCUAUUGAGGAGUUCCUCAUCGGGUUUCACUGAACUUAUAUUGACAGGUGAACAUGUUGAAAACGGCAUUCGAAGUGGAAAGAUACAGGCGGCUACCUCUGAUCCUCCGGAGACUCCUAAGGUCAUCACUGCCCCUCUGCCUAGUCAUGACGAGACUGUUAAUGCUGUAGAAGAUGCUGACAGCGACUGUGACCUGGAUAGCUGGAUUUUCCCAACAAUUGGUGACAGACUCGACAAUUGGAAGGCUGAAGACACUAUCCCGAUUUCCUUUAGUCGAGAGUAAUUGUUAUUGCUAUUUUAGUAUUUCAAAAGCAUUGUGUCUAUACCCGGGGCAUAAUAGCUAAUUUUAAGGGUUUGUCAUUUUCAUAAGCAUAUUCAUAUUCAAUAAAUCAAUGGACUUUUUGCAUUCAAAUAUUGCGCUCUUUAUCUUUCUUGUUAUUUUUCAAACAAGCUAUGUUUCUUGCACACACUCACGUAACAAAUUGCGUAUCCAUAUCCGCUCUGGAUCCUGUUGAUAAUAGUUCUGCUACUGUUCAUUAUGACUUUGAAAAUCCGAUCUACCAAGCCGAGGAUGGAAGUGAGGAAGAUUGUGAAGUCCCUAGAGAACUUGCCAGACUGGUACUACAAAAGACUAUACAGCCGCAUGAGGAAUCAAUUGAAAUUGUAAAUCUGGGUACUGAAAUAAACAAGAGAGAAAGUCAGAGGUUUCUUGGGGCACUCGAAUUACAUUGCCCGAUUCAUUCCACACUUGACUGCUACCUGCAAACCCAUCUUCAAAUUACUAAAAAAGAAAAAUCAAGAAAUGAUAUGGAAUGACGAAUGCCAAGAAGCUUUUGACAAAAUCAAGAACUACCUCCAGGAACCUCCGAUUCUGAUACCACCAGUUGAAGGAAGACCUCUAAUCAUGUAUUUGACCGUGUUAGAAAAUUCAAUGGGGUGCGUAUUGGGGCAACAUGACGAGUCUGGUCGAAAAGAGCAUGUCAUACACUGCCUUAGCAAAAGGUACCGACUGUGAAACAAGAUACUCGCAGCUCGAGAAAGCUUGCUACGUUUUGGCCUAGGCUGCUCGCCGACUAAGACAGUAUAUGUUGAAUCAUACCACUUUAUUGAUUUCUAAGAUGGAUCUUAUCAAAUAUACAUUCGAGAAACCUGCUGUCUCCUGAAAGAGUUAUCACUGAUAAUGGUAUUAAACUGAACUCCGCAUGUAGUUCAAAAUAAAACACCAUAACUCUUCUCCGUACCGGCCAAAGACGAACGGCGCCAUGGAGGCUGCUAACAAUAUCAAGAAUAUAGCAGUAACAUACAAAGACUGGCAUGAGAUGUUACCGUUUGCUCUCCAUGGUUAUCGCACUUCAGUGCCCACUUCGACAGGGGCAACUCCAUUCUCUUUAGUCUACGGAAUGGAAGCCGUCUUACCAGUGGAAGUUCAGAUUCCCUUUCUAAGAAUUGUGAAAGAUGCAGGCUUAGAUGAGGAUGAAUGGAUUCAAACUCGACUCGAUCAGAUAAAUCUGAUUGAUGAAAAGAGACUUGCGGCUGUAUGUCAUAGGCAGAUAUAUCAGAAACGCAUGACCCUGGCAUUUAACAAAAGAGUCAAGAGACAGGUGUAUCAAAUUGGCGACUUGGUAAUAAAGCGUAUCAUUCUACCACAAGGUGAUCCCAGGGGCAAAUGGACUCCCACAUACGAAGGGCCACUUGUAGUUAAGAAGGUAUUCUCUGGUGGAGCCAUGAUGCUUGCUACAAUGGAUGGAGAAGAUUUCCCGCAUCCUGUGAACGCGGACAUAGUUAAAAAAAUACUACGCAUAAAAGAGACCCGCUAGGUCAACGUACCUAGGCAAAAGUAAGGGCAUCCCGGCGAACCAAAAGGGUUCGGGCAAAAAUUAGGGAUAAACAUAUAAAGACGUACACCCGGCAAGUCGAAAACCUGAAAAGGCGGCUUGGGCAAAAAAGGGUAUCCCGGUGGACUGAAAACCUGAAAAGGCGGUCCAGGCAAAAAUUAGGGAUUAAAGCGUAUGACUAUGCCCCGUUCUCUGUCUGCUUCAACCAAGUUCAAGGGACUGAACAAGCCAAUCACUUUCAUCCGACAACAGGAGAUGAGAGGCUUGAAGACAUAAUGACAGUAGUGGAAUUAAAAUCAACAGGACUUUCUCUGCAUAGCUUUCUCUUUGUGUUCUUGACAAUUUCCUCUUACUAGGAUGUUUGUCUCCUUGUACACAAAUUGCCUGUUUAUAGGCCCUCUUUCAAAAUCAAUACAAUUUUAUCUCAAAAAAAAAAGAAGAUGCUUUUGUUUUCACUUUUUCUGUUUUGAUUGCAUAAACGUCCAUUGAUUUAAUUUGAAUUGAUAUAUGCAUUUGAAUAUGAUCAAUGUUUAUCAAGAAUACAUGCCUAGAAUGGAAAUAGCAAUUACUACGAGACUUCAGGACCAAGGAAAAGGUCUAACCACGCUUUCCAAGGAGUCCGUUGCUAACUCGAUUCCCCGGCAACGCCAAUUAUUCCCCAGAAGAGGUCGGCACCGCCAUACCGAAAGGUCAUCUCUUCCAUCCCCAGCCAGGCUCUGUCGAGUGUUUCCAUCGUCAGACAGAAAUCAAGUAUUCCCCAGCCAAGACAGGGUCAUCAAUAUCAAUGUCUCCGACCAGAAGACUGAAAUUUAUCUCCCCAGUAGAGUUCCCUGGAAGAACGUUUCAGACGCUUAGUGCACUCAUUACAUCAUUCCAUAUUACAUACCUGCAUACAAUGCUCACAUUUACUUCAUUCCGCAUCAUAUACUUUACAUCAUUUCAUAGCAUGUAUAUGCAUACCAUGUUCACAAGCAUAAAGCAUCUCAUGCAUCAUGACAUUGCAUGAAACUAACUUUAUUUUUCAGGCUAAUUAUCCUCCUGAUCACAUUCAAGGUUCGAAUACAGCUCUCAGAUAUGAUCCAUCUGACGAACGUUCUGACACCCUCCCAAUGGUGGCAUCUCUAAGCCCACCUCAGAUAUUCGCUGCAAAUACAACAAAUAUUAUCGGAUACAGCCUAACGUACGGUUCAUUCUGAUUCAGCCCGACACAUGACUCUUUCAGCUCAGAUACGGUCUAACGUACGAUCCAUUCUGACUCUCAACAACUCCAAUACGGUCUAACGUACGACCCAUUUGGAUCUUUCAGCUCAGAUACGGUCUAACGUACGAUCCAUUCUGACUCUCAACAACUCCAAUACGGUCUAACGUACGACCCAUUUGGAUCUUCAGCUCAGAUACGAUCUAACGUACGAUCCAUUCUGAUCUUUAACAACUCAAGUAUGGUUUAAUGUACGACCAAGUUAAACCUUCAUGCUACCUUCGGACAGGUACAUUUCUGAAUGGUAGUCUAGUAUACGGCUACUCCCUUGCUCAGAUGCUACCUUCGGACAGGUACAUUUCUGAAUGGUGGUCUAGUAUACGGCUACUCCCUUGCUCAGAUGCUACCUUCAGACAGGUACAUUUCUGAAUGGUAGUCUAGUAUACGGCUACUCCCUUGCUCAGAUGCUACCUUCGGACAGGUACAUUUCUGAAUGGUAGUCUAGUAUACGGCUACUCCCUUGCUCAGAUGCUACCUUCGGACAGGUACAUUUCUGAAUGGUAGUCUAGUAUACGGCUACUCCCUUGCUCAGAUGCUACCUUCGGACAGGUACAUUUCUGAAUGGUGGUCUAGUAUACGGCUACUCCCUUGCUCAGAUGCUACCUUCGGACAGGUGCAUUUCUGAAUGGUGGUCUAGUAUACGGCUACUCCCUUGCUCAGAUGCUACCUUCGGACAGGUACAUUUCUGAAUGGUGGUCUAGUACACGACUACUCCCUUUUCAGCAGAUUCAGCCUAACGGACGGCUCAUUCUGCUCAGAUAUGGUUUAAUGUACGACCAAGUUAAACCUUCAUCUCCUCAGAUGCUACCUUCGGACAGGUACAUUUCUGAAUGGUAGUCUAGUAUACGACUACUCCCUUUUCAGCAGAUUCAGCCUAACGGACGGCUCAUUCUGCAACUCAGAGACGAUCUAGCGUACGAUCCAUUCUGGUCUUUCAUCCCCAUCAAAGUCAUCCGCCUAACGAACAGCUCACUCUGGUACUCAGAUAUGAUCUAGCGUAUGAUCCAUUCUGAUCCCUUAUCCCCAGCAGUAUAUAUCAUACUCUGACUCCCCAGCAAAGUCAACAGCAUGAUGGAUGACUCACUAUACGGUCUAGCGUAUGACCCGGUAUGAAAUCCAUGUCUUCAGACAUCGUCUAACGUACGACACAAUCGGAAGCUCGUCAUCAAACUACCUGGAUGGCAUCUUUAAGCCCAUCUCCAUCAAGACUAAUGGACAGGCGCAAAUUUUUGGGGCAUUCUAGUGUUCAAUAAUCUUUCACCUCCAGACCACGAACGGCACAUACCAUUCUACUCUCUCGGUUCAAGAAUAUUGAACAGGGGCAGCUGUCAUACCCCAAAAUUUGCCCGUUGAUAUUACAAAGCAUUCCUCAUGACCUUCCGACUUGUUCUGCAAGGCACCGACAUCAAGUGAACAAAAGCCCAGCUCACAACAGGCCCAAUCCUAAAGGGGCCCAACAUAGCUUGCUCGCUAGGCGAGCAAUCCCUUUGCCUAGCGAAUACUUCGUCAUGACACUCGCCCAGCGAAGCAUCAGAUCCAGAAAAAGCCCAGAAUGGCUUGCUCGCUAGGCGAGCAAUUCCCUCGCCUAGCGAAGCUUGCGGAAAUCUGAAGUUUUGGACCUCAUUUUAAGCCCAUUAGGUCACCACCAUUACUACUAUAAAUACCAGCUCUUCAGCCACGAAAGAGAGGACGCAAACGGAGAAACACAGACGAAGACGGACGGAAAAGGACGGAAACCCUGGCACAGAAACCCUGCUGAUUCAGAGAAUUCGGAAGACGGAAACCCUGAAGGCCGCCCAUCCGCGCCGAAACUACCGCCGCCCAACUCGAUCCAGCCUCCAAACAGCCAGUCCCUCUCAAUCUUGCAAUUGCACACAGGUUUGCGUAUCACCGCUGUUUUACGUUUCCAAUUGAUAUUCUUUACCUACAUGAUGCAUUCCGAUUAAAGUUUGAUAUGUAGUCUGAUUUCGUAUGUGAAUCUAAGUAUGAACAUCCUGUAUAAUCGUAUAUGCUAUGCCUGUGAUCGAAUGCCAUAAGAGUGCAGGUUUUUGGAAGUCAUGCUGCUGCCAAGCUCCAAACCCGUGGCCGCUCGCUAGCUCAUCGCUAAGCGAGCCUGCAGCGAGCCUUCGCUGAGCCUUUUCUAGGCGAGGCAGAGGCGAACGGGACAGUGGCUGCUUUGUCCCUUUCCUGUUCCAUUUUAUGUGUAUUUAAUUAUGAUUUUGCAUCGUUUGGCCUGAACUCGUAACUGUUAUGUGCAUUUUAUGGUAAUAGUCAAAUCAUAUUUUAUCCUAAUGCUCUAACCCGU